AUGCCCGCCACGCGCCGCCUGCUCACCGCGCGCUGGUUCGCGCGCCGCCGACAGCCUGACGAAGAUGACGCCCGUCCCAGGACUCUCCCGCGCUCCGACAUGGACCGGAGACCUCGAGUCUCUCGCGUCCUCUCCUCCCCUGCUCGAACACAACACCAGACGCACCCUCCGAUUGACGAAGAGUCUCUCGAACGAGCCUACCCCUCCAUGGGCCACCUGGAGUACGUCAACGCUGGCUCCUCGCCUCCCGCCGAGAGCGCUCCGAACAUGUACGAUAGCUUCGAAGAACCUCCCCUCGACCUAACUGCGCACAUUUGCGGAGACUCGUUACGUCAGAGCGCGCACGAGCAGAUGCGCGCCGUCGGCGGACGUCUGCGAUUACUGGACGAGCUAGAGACCGGGGUCAUUACCGCAGAUUCCGCUGCAACUACUUUCUCGACAGCAACCGAAGCUGAGAAGAAUGUAUGCCUGUUUUGGGCGGCCUUCUUGAAACUUGCUAACCUGCUACAGCCUCUGAUUGAGGUUGGAGCCGACCCAUUAUACUUUGAUGCCUUAGGAUUGUCCCCGCUUCAUGUAGCGGCCUUCAGUGGAUCGACGGAAUGCGCUAACUACCUACUAUCCUGUGGCUCGGACCCUAAUUACAUGCCGAGAUGCUUUGCUCCACUCCAUUGUGCCGCGUUCGGGAACUCAGUGCAAGUGGCUAAUUUGCUAAUCAGUCGCGGUGCAUCCGUACAUUGCGCUGUGAAGUACGUCAACUGUGAAGGAGGCUUGCUCCAUUGUGCCGUGCGAGCUAACUCCGUGGAAUGCCUUAAAUUGUUUAUAUCCCACGGUGUCGACGUGAAUCAAAUCGAGCCGGGCGGCACUAACGCUAUACAUCUAGCCGCUGAUUUAGGAAUGUUCCAGUGUCUAACAAUACUGCUCGAGACGCCCGGCGCAGACCCCAAUGUGCGCACGCGCGUUGGUGACAGAGAGUCGACGGCUUUACAUCUGGCAGCGGACGGCGGCUUUGUGGAUUGUGUGGAUUUGUUGUUAUCUAAAGGGGCUGAUGCCAGUUUAAAGAAUCACAGAGGUUUUACUGCACUCCAUCUAGCUGCUCGAUCGUCGAGUUUGGAGUGCGUAGAGUCCUUACUUAGAAAAGGGAACGCAGAACCGAACGCCAACGACUUCGACAUGAGGACCCCAUUACACGCCGCUAUAGGCAAGUCUGAUAGCGCUUGCGAUAUUAUAGAAACUUUGAUAAGUUGGGGAGCUAAUGUAAAUCAGAAAGAUGAAUACGGCUUCACGCCACUGCACCUGGCUGCUCUCGACGGGCUGUCAGCGUGCGUGGAGACACUAAUCUACCACGGUGCUGACGUCACGACACGAUCUAAAAAAGGAAACUCGGCGCUUAAUGUAAUAGCUCGAAAAACGCCGGCGUCUCUAGCAAUGGUAACUAGAAAAUUAGACUGUGCGAUCACACUGCGUCACUCACAGACGAGCAAUAGAGAAGUCGAACUAGAGCUAGACUUUCGUAGCAUACUGCAUCACUGUUACCCACGGGAGAUUAGUUAUUUAAAUACUUUCGUCGAUGAAGGGCAAAAAGAAGUUCUUCUACAUCCACUAUGUUCGGCAUUCUUAUACAUAAAAUGGGAAAAAAUACGUAAAUAUUAUGUAGCUCGUCUGUUUCUUAGUUUCAUAUUUGUUUUAUGUCUAACACUAUACGUGCUGACUGCUCUGGCCCAUAAUUGUUACAACGGCAGUAAAGAUAUGGAGGAAACGAUUCAAGAGCAAGAACUGUGUCAAAAGCAAUCCAUUCUUGGAGACCUACUACGGAAAAAUCCAUUCGUAAUAGAAAUGCAGUGGUGGGUGCUAGCCGGUAUCACGAUAUUUGAGAUAUUCAGGAAAGUUUACGGUAUCGCCGGAUAUUCUACUGUGAAACAAUAUUUGAUGCAAUCUGAGAAUAUUAUUGAAUGGUUCGUGAUUGUGAGCGUGUUUCUCAUAUCCUAUAUCUACACUAACAUCACAUACACCUGGCAGAACCACGUCGGAGCAUUCGCAGUACUCGCUGGCUGGACAAACUUAAUGAUGAUGAUAGGACAACUGCCUGUGUUCGGAACCUACGUCGCUAUGUACCAAAAAGUUCAAAAGGAAUUUGCUAAACUAUUGAUGGCCUACUCCUGUAUAUUAAUCGGUUUUACUAUAAGUUUUUGUGUUAUAUUCCCCGACUCUUCAUCUUUCGCGAACCCUUUCAUGGGUUUUAUAACAGUCUUGACGAUGAUGAUUGGCGAACUCAAUUUAGAUUUAUUGCUUAACGAGCCAGAUGGUAACGAUCCGCCUGUCCUCUUGGAAUUCUCAGCGCAAAUCACUUAUGUAUUAUUUUUAAUGUUUGUAACUGUAGUGCUUAUGAACCUGCUAGUAGGUAUAGCUGUUCACGAUAUUCAAGGAUUGAGGAAGACUGCUGGUCUCUCUAAGUUGGUCAGACAGACAAAGUUGAUAUCCUACAUGGAGCUGGCGUUAUUUAACGGUUACCUGCCGAAAUGUCUAUUAAAAAUCCUGCACUCGUCGGCUCUAGUAUCUCCACAGGCCUAUCGAGUGGUGCUGAGCGUGAAACCAUUGAACCCGAGCGAGAAGCGUUUGCCACGGGAUAUAAUGAUGGCUGCCUACGACAUAGCGAAAAUGAGGAAACAAUAUGGUCACACGAUAUCAUCGAGCGGGUCGACGACAGGUGCAUACUCCUGCUUCAAGAAGUACGAGAACAACAAUGACUCGGGCUACAGAGAGUACGGGUACUCCUCGGGGCUGGGCAGCCUCCAGGCCAGGUUGGAUGAAACAUCGGAGAACGUGCGUCAGUUGACUCAGGAAGUGAGAGAAUUAAAGAAACUGAUAAACGCUCAGCAGCUUGUGUUACAGCAAGCGUUGUCCGGCGCGAUGGACCUUUGA